UUAUCCUUUCUGGAAAUCAAACGGUUCGACGCAUGUCGGUCCCCUAAAACCGGGGAUUAUAAUCUAAACUUUCGAAAUGGACCCGGACGAAGCGCAGCGACGCCGGGAAGAAUGCGAGCGGAAGGCCCGUCGCGGGGAGAUGGAUCCCCGGCUGGAGUUCACCUUCCAGCUCCUGAUCGAUGCCACCCAGCUGCCCAGGCAUCAGCUCAUGGACUACAUAUUCGAAGGGGACAUGCUCGACGAGAUCAACCAGCUGUUCCUGCCGAAUAUGAAGAACAAGCUUUUGUGGUUUUACCAGGAGACGGAUGACCCGGAACCAACACCGGUCCCUGAUCCAAAUAAGCCGGGGCCCUCGAGAUCUGGUGUUGCUUCCAGUAGCUCUAAAACACCACAGGGUGGUGCCUCUCCAAGUGGUUUGCCCCCACCCAAGCACAAGAAGUUGUUCCUAACCGAUGGGUGGACUUGCGCUUUUACAGGAGUAUGUAUAUACAUUUUCCGGGUCAACACUUCGAAGCAGCUCCCCGAGGAGGGUUUCCAAAAGGAUUUGUAUUGCGGGGUGAUCGAUGCCAAGAACAUCGGGCUGGUCACCUCCAUCGAGCGCAUAGUGGAGUUCGUGUUCAUGCAGGCCCUGGCCUUUCCCAGUCUGGAGGGCGACGAGGAGGACGUGAGCUGCGGGCUCAUCAAGGGACAGCUCUUGCCCGGGCUGCGAUCCUUUUGCAGUGCCCUCCGCGUCUGCGAACAGGUGUGCGAUCAUCACAACGUCUUCGCAGACGGGUGCGACAUGUUCGAGAAGAUCGACGAGGUGGAGGAGGUGAAGGACAUGUCCAAGAACCAGGACUUCUGUGGCCAGCUGGAGGAGCGGGUCAACAACUGGACGAAGGGCAUAUUAAAGAUUCUGGGCGAGAGCGAGCAGCUGCGCAAGGAGAACGACCACAGUGGGCCGCAGGACGAGCUGGAGUACUGGAAGAAGCGAGGUGCCCAGUUCUCGCAGCUCCUGGCCCAUCUUCAGGACAAGGAGGUGCAGUUCACGCUGCACUGCCUCUUCCUCGCGGGCUCCCGGAUCAUCAAGCAGUGGAAGGAGACGGACAGGAAGAUAACCUUCUGCUACAACGAGGCGCGAGACAACUCCAAGUUCAUCCAGGCCAUGGAGACGUGCUGUCAUUCGCUGUACUUGGACGAUCCUGUGAGCAUGAAGGAGUCCAUCUUGAGCCUGCUGCAAACAGUGCGCCUGAUCUACAGUGUUUCCCAGUUUUAUAAUACCUCGGAAAGGACAUCCGCGCUGAUGGUUAAGAUAACCAACCAAAUGAUUGAAACCUGCAAAUCGUACAUCACCUGUCGGUGCAAGGAGACCAUAUGGUCACAGGAUCGCAACGUGAUCCGCACCAAGCUGAGCAACUGCAUCAAGUUGAAUCACAUCUACCACGAGACCUAUUACACAGUUCGGGAGCAACCUUUUCUACCGAAUCAAACGCCCUUUGGAUUUUCGGAGAACUUUGUAUUUGGCAAAUUUGACACAUUUUGCGAGCGACUCUCCAAGAUCAUUAGCAUGUUCAAUUUGAUCGAUGACUACAAUCACUUAUUUGAGCGCCGUUUGGAAGGACUUCUUUUGGGAGAAGCCUUAGAAGAUGCCUCCAAUCACUUUGAGGAGGCCAAGAAAGACGUGACUUCCCGGAAAUACGACUACUUGGAUCACCGAAACUCCGACUUUAACGUGGAUUUCGAGAGGUUCAUUCACAAAACGAACUCCCUGAAGGACACCAUAGCCACUCUGAUUGAAAAGGAUUUCGACACCGUUUGGGAGACGCCGCAGUGCAUCCGUUUCCUGGUCCGCUUCGAGAAGGUCAGCGAGAAAAUCCCACUGACCAAGAUGGACGAGAAGUACACCCGGAUCCUGCGCUACGUGGAGAAAGAGGUGGACCGCAUCCUGAAGACGUUCCGCAAGCAGCGGGACGAUCCUCCGCUGGCCAGGAACUUUCCACCGAUCGCUGGAAGGAUUCAUUGGUGUCGCGCUUUGAGUCUCCACAUCACGGAGCUCAUGGAUGCGGUGAUGGACCAUGCUGUGCUGAGCAACCUGCCCAUGGCGAAGGAUCUGGAUGUGCGCUAUCACAAUGUCCUGGGUGUGCUGCAGGAGUAUGAGGACGAGAUUGUGUCCAUUUGGCUGGAUCAGGAUGUCAGUGUGGCCGAUGCCUGCCUGCUACAGCCGCUCUUGAGCCUCCAGGGCGAUAAGUUGUUCGUCAACCUCCAUCCAACGAUUCCGCUGCUUAUCCGGGAGGCCAAGAUGUUGGCCAAGCUGGACAUAGAGUUGCCAAUCGUGGCUGCCACCUUGAUGAGUCGCCAGCAGUACUUUAUCACCAUCCAGGAUUCCCUUAAUACCCUGAUAAAAAUGUUCCUGUCCACUGUGAGAGCUGUUAAACUGGAGGUUCGUCCUUUGUUCCUUCCCCAGUUGGUGCGUCUUACCGCCAUGCUGAAACCAGGAUUACAUACAAUUAAUUGGACAAACCAAAACUGGACCGAGUUCUAUGAAAAAUGCAAACAGGCCAUCGAGAAUUUUGAAGUCCUGGUCGCCCGUGUCCAUGACAUCUACUCCAAUCGCAUCCUCCAUGUGCUGAUGUGGAUGCAGGAUGUCUCCUUGCAGAUUUUACCAGCAGACGAUGAAAUCUGGACAGUUGACGAGUUUCUGGAGCGGAGCGAGGAGGCCUGCCGCAAAGCGGCCAUCGAUCUGAACCGGAAGAGUCAAAUGGUCUCCGAGGCAGUGGAGGAAGUCCUCAGCUUGGUGGACAAGGCCACGGCAGCCUUUAAAGAGAUAGCUGGCGAUGAUGUGAUUACCCUGUUCGAUGCAGCCACUCCGAAAGGAGAGAACUCCGGAUCGGGGGGUCGCAAGCCGGAAGACGGAGGAGGCGGAGGAGGAGGCGCCGCUGCUUCCACGACUACUGGUGGCAGCGGUCAGCAGCAGGACUGGAGUAUCCUGUGGUCCUGCUUCGAGAACCCCUUGUCCCUUCUGUCCACCACAGAAAGUCUGCCCAAAGGCAUGCAGGACAUGGUGUGCAAUGCGGUGGUCGAGAUGCGCCGCUACUACAGCCGCAAGGUGAUCGACGUGCUGAUCAAGGUGAUCCGGGCCGCUCUGGACACCCUCCGCCGCCGGUUCAUCGCCGACGAGAACGAGACGGUGUUCAAGAAGCCGGUCUUCGCGCUGCACGCGCAGCUGCAGAUACCCCAUGUGGUCAUCAAACCGAAUCUGGACGAGCUGCAGGACAUUUUGGUGACGGCUGGCAAGAACAUCACGGGCAUUGCGAAGGGCGUGGCGCAGUGGAGCAGCGGCAAAGACCCGCCGCAAGUUUCGAUGACGGUGACGCAGCCGCGCGUCGGACGCAACCACAACGAGGCAUCUGGAGGCGGGAAGAGCCGGCGGCGCAAGAUCUACUGCCUGGCCUCCGAGGAGCGGCCCCAGAUGCCGCACAUGCUCAAGAGCUUCUACUCGGCCAUCAUGGACAACAAGGAGGUGGCCAAGGCGGUCAAUCAGCUGGCCAGCUGCACCAAGAAUGUCAAGCCUGAGAUCCAGACGUACAUCAAGCGCUGGAAGCCGUAUCAUUUUCUCUGGAAGAACGACCGCACCACGCGGCAACUCAUGGAGUUCGGGCUCCAGGAGUUUGAGACCACGCUGCGGUGCCUCUCGGACCUGGACGCCAAUCUGCUCGUCGAACCCGACAUGGAGGUCUUCGGGCAGUGCGUGGCGGUCUACAAUGAAAGGCUCAAGUAUGGUUUGGCCAUUGAGAUCAAGUCCUGCAACCACAAAAUCGGACAGGCCAUGAAGAAGAAGUACAAGAAGGAGAUGGACUACGUCUACGCGGUAAUCAAUGAGAUGGAUCGCAAGCUGGACAGGCCCAUCCGCGACCUGGACGAUGUGCGAAUGAUUAUGGAAACCCUGGGUAAGAUUCGGGAGCAGGAGGUGGACAUGGAGCUGCGCAUCGAUCCGAUAGAGGAGGCUUUCAAUGUCCUCACCCGCUAUGAGGUCCAGGUGGAGCGGGAACAAUUCGAUUUGGUAGACAAUCUAAGGGCCACCUUUCAGAAUCUUUUGGCGGGCGCUUUGCAGGCUCAGGUGAAACUCCUCGACAUGCAGCCGGCCUUCCAGGAUGACCUGCGCACCAAUCUGGACAACUUCAAGCAGGACAAGAUCUCUUAUGUAACAGAGUAUCGCACUGCAGGACCAAUGCAGGCGGGGCUGACUCCACGAGAGGCCUCCGACCGGCUGAUCCUGUUCCAAAAUCGCUUCGAGGGCAUGUGGCGCCGCCUACAGACGUACCAAAGUGGCGAGGAACUCUUCGGUCUGCCCCAGACGGACUACCCAGAGCUUGGCCAGAUACGCAAGGAGCUGAACCUGCUGCAGAAGCUUUACAAACUAUAUAACGAUGUGAUCGACCGUGUGAGCAGCUACUACGAUAUACCAUGGAACGAGGUGGACAUCGAGGAGAUCAACAACGAGCUGAUGGAGUUCCAGAACCGCUGCCGGAAGCUGCCCAAGGGGCUCAAGGAGUGGCCGGCGUUCCAUGCUCUGAAGAAGACCAUUGACGACUUCAACGACAUGUGUCCGCUACUGGAGUUGAUGGCGAAUAAAGCCAUGAAGCCACGCCACUGGCAACGGAUCAUGGACGUUACUCGCUACAUCUUCGAGUUCGACUCGGAGGGUUUCUCGCUCAAGAACAUAUUGGAGGCGCCGCUGCUGAAGCACAAGGAGGACAUCGAGGACAUCUGCAUCAGUGCGAUGAAGGAGAAGGACAUCGAGGCGAAGCUGAAGCAGGUAACCAACGAGUGGUCCGUGCACGAGCUGCAGUUCAUGAGCUUCAACAAUCGCGGCGAGCUGCUGCUCCGUGGUGACACGACGGCGGAGACGAUUGGCCAGCUGGAGGAUAGCCUGAUGGUGCUGGGAUCCCUGCUCUCCAAUCGGUAUAAUGCACCUUUCAGGAAACAAAUCCAACAAUGGGUCUACGAUCUAUCCAAUUCGAAUGAGAUCCUGGAGCGAUGGCUCUUAGUGCAGAACAUGUGGGUCUAUCUGGAGGCCGUUUUUGUGGGUGGCGAUAUCGCGAAGCAACUGCCUAAGGAGGCGAAAAGGUUUUCGAAAAUAGACAAAUCAUGGCAGAAGAUCAUGCAGCGGGCCCACGAGACCCCCGGUGUUGUGGCCUGCUGCGUCGGUGACGAUCUGCUCAAACAGCUGCUGCCUCACCUGCAGGAGCAGCUGGAGAUUUGCCAGAAAUCCUUGAGUGGUUACUUGGAGCGCAAGCGCAUGAUGUUCCCACGCUUCUUCUUUGUGUCAGAUCCUGCCCUGCUAGAAAUACUGGGUCAGGCUUCCGAUUCGCAUACCAUACAAAACCAUCUCCUCAACAUCUUCGAUAACACCAAGUCGGUGAAGUUCCACGACGUGGAGUACAACAAGAUGAUGGCGAUCAUAAGCAGCGAGGGCGAGAUGAUCCAGCUGGACAGGGCCAUUCGAGCGGAGGGCUCGGUGGAGACGUGGCUAACCCAGCUUCUGGUCACCGCACAGGCCUCGCUGCACUCAAUCAUCCGGACGGCCUAUGCCACCAUUAAUGAUCCCAACUUCACCCUGCUCAGCUUCCUGGAGAAGGCACCGGCCCAGAUUGGCCUUCUGGGCAUCCAGAUGGUCUGGACCCGCGACGCCGAAAUGGCCCUGAUGAGAGGCCGCGAGCGAAAGGUCAUGAUGGAGACGAAUAACAAGUUUCUGGAGAUCCUGAACACCCUCAUCGAUCAGACCACAAGGAAUCUUACGAAAAGGGAGCGCACCAACUUCGAAACUCUUAUUACAAUCCACGUGCAUCAACGCGAUAUCUUUGAUAUUUUGUGCCGCAUGAACAUCAAGUCAGCCAACGACUUUGAGUGGCUUAAGCAGUGUCGUUUCUACUUUAAAGAAGAUCUGGAUAAGACCUGGAUUUCAGUCACGGAUGUCACCUUUACCUACCAGAACGAAUAUCUCGGCUGUACAGAUCGCUUGGUUAUUACACCUCUAACAGAUCGUUGUUACAUAACCCUGGCCCAGGCCCUCACCUUGUCCAUGGGCGGGGCUCCAUGUGGACCAGCCGGAACGGGUAAAACCGAGACAGUCAAGGAUAUGGGCAAAACCCUGGCCAAAUAUGUCGUCGUCUUUAACUGCUCCGAUCAAAUGGACUACAGGGGUCUGGGUCGCAUCUACAAGGGCCUAGCUCAGUCCGGAAGCUGGGGGUGCUUCGAUGAGUUCAACCGCAUCGAACUUCCGGUUUUAUCCGUGGCCGCCCAACAAGUGGCCGUCGUCCUGACCGCCAAAAAGGAAAAGAGGAAGACAUUCCUCUUCACAGAUGGCGAUACGAUUGAAAUGAAUCCAGAGUUCGGCAUAUUCAUAACUAUGAACCCAGGCUAUGCGGGUCGUAAGGAACUGCCUGAAAAUUUGAAAAUCCAAUUCCGCACCGUGGCAAUGAUGGUGCCCGAUAGACAGAUUAUCAUCAGAGUUAAGCUGGCCAGUUGCGGUUUCCUGGAGAACAUUACGCUGGCCAGAAAGUUCUACACCCUGUACAAACUGUGUGAGGAGCAGUUGACCAAGCAGGUGCACUACGAUUUCGGUCUGAGAAACAUCCUCUCUGUGCUGCGAACUCUAGGAGCUGCCAAGCGCAGGAACUCCAAGGACACCGAAAGCACCAUUGUGAUGAGGGUGCUGCGCGACAUGAAUCUCUCCAAGCUGAUCGACGAUGACGAGCCACUUUUUAUGUCCCUGGUCUCGGAUUUGUUCCCCAAUCAGACCCUUGAGAAAACCAAUUACCCGGAGCUAGAGGCCGCCAUUCUUCAGCAAACUGACGAGGCUAGCCUGAUAUAUCAUCCUCCCUGGGUCCUGAAACUGAUUCAACUGUACGAAACCCAGAAUGUGCGCCACGGCAUCAUGACCCUCGGGCCCAGUGGAGCCGGCAAGACGACCUGCAUCCACACCCUGAUGAAGGCCAUGACCCAAAUGGGCGACAACCAUCGCGAGAUGCGCAUGAACCCCAAGGCAAUAACGGCGGCCCAAAUGUUUGGACGGCUUGACGUGGCCACAAAUGAUUGGACGGAUGGUAUUUUCUCGGCCCUGUGGCGAAAGACCCUGAAGCUAAAGUCCGGCGAGCAUGUCUGGUUGGUUCUGGACGGACCGGUGGACAGUAUUUGGAUAGAGAACCUGAACUCAGUGCUGGACGACAACAAGACCCUAACACUGGCCAAUGGCGAUCGGCUGACCAUGGCGCCAACCGUAAAGAUUAUAUUCGAGCCGCACAACAUUGAUAACGCCUCACCAGCCACCGUUUCCAGAAAUGGAAUGGUGUACAUGAGCUCAUCUGGCCUGGACUCUCGCCCGAUUGUUCAGGCCUGGCUUAAAAAUCGUGCCCCUGGCGAGAAGUCAACCUUUUCGGAUCUUUUCGAUCAGACCUUCGUGGAGGUCUACAACUGGGGAGUGCAGAUGGUGAAGCUGCAGAUGCCCGUGCUGCAGUGCAACAUUGUCCAGCAGAUGCUGUUCAUCCUGGAGGGCUUGAUACCUGUUAAGAAAGAGGACGAACAGGCCGUCAGUCUGUCCAGCAAGGAGAGCCACGAUGAGGACCUCCCUCCGGAGACUUCGAUCGAGGAGAAGGAGGACACCUGCACCCCGGAACACUUGCACCGCUUGUACAUCUUCGCGCUCGCCUGGGGCCUGGGCGGUUACCUCUCCACUAGCGACCGCGUUAGAAUGAACCUCUUCGUGAAGGAAUCCUUCCCGCAGCUGGACUACCCCAAGGGUAGUGCCCACGAGAAUACAAUCUUUGACUUCUUCGUUUCUCCAGCGGGCGUGUGGCAGUCGUGGAAGACGCUCGUCACCCCCUAUAUGUAUCCGGAGCUUUCCACACCGGACUAUCUGAGCAUUCUGGUGCCCAUCGUGGAUAAUGUGCGCAUCGACUACCUGAUCGGCACCAUAGCCAAUCAGGAGCGCGCCGUGAUGGUGAUUGGCGAGCAGGGCACGGGCAAGACCGUCAUUAUGAAGAACUUUAUGAAGAAGAUGAACGUUGAGACGUACAUGGGUCGGUCCUUUAACUUCUCAUCGGCGACCAGUCCGUAUCAAUUCCAGCGCACAAUCGAAAGCUAUGUGGAGAAGCGCGUUGGUGUCACCUUCGGGCCACCCGGUGGCCGGAAAUUGAUUGUCUUCAUCGACGACAUCAAUUUGCCCGAGAUCAAUGAGUGGGGCGAUCAAAUAACCAACGAAAUUGUGCGCCAAUCGAUGGACAUGAAGGGCUUCUAUAGUCUGGAGAAGCCCGGUGACUUCACCACCAUCGUGGAUGUGCAGUAUGUGGCGGCCAUGGGACUGCCCGGCGGCGGACGCAAUGACAUACCGUCGCGUCUGAAGCGCCAAUUCUGCGUGUUCAACUGUAACAUACCGGACAACGACUCCAUCGAUAAGAUCUUCCGCGUUAUCGGUGAGGGUCACUACAAUGCCAAGCGGGGGUUCGUGCCCGAGAUCCGCAGCCUGGUCAAGAAGCUGAUCGUCGUCACCCGCCAUCUGUGGCAGCGCACGCGCGAGAAGCUACUGCCCACUCCGGCCAAGUUCCACUAUGUGUUUAGUUUGCGCGAUCUAUCGCGCAUUUGGCAGGGCAUGGUUGGCACCUUAUCCACGGUGAUCACUUCCGAAAGUGUCCUGAUGGCAUUGUGGAAGCACGAGUGCACCCGUGUAUUCGCCGAUCGCUUCACCACCUUCCAGGACAAGGAGUGGUUCGGCUCAGAGCUGGCAUGUCUCGUGCGCGAGGAACUGGGCGAUGCCCACUCCCAAAUGAUCCUGCCCAAUCCGGUGUUCGUGGACUUUAUGCGCGACGCCCCCGAGCCGACGGGUGAGGAGGGCGAGGAUACCGAUAUGGAGCUACCGAAGGUCUACGAGCCGGUCCACUCACAUGAAGUGCUCCGCGAGCGUCUCGUCAUGUUCCUCGCCCAGUUUAACGAAAUGGUGCGAGGGUCGGGAAUGGAUUUGGUUUUCUUCCCGGAUGCAAUGCUGCAUCUGGUGAAGAUCUCCCGCAUCAUUCGGCAUCCGAGGGGAUCCGUUAUGCUUGUCGGGGUCGGCGGUUCUGGAAAACAGUCGCUAACGAAAUUGGCAUCGUUCAUAGCUGGCUACAAGACAUUCCAAAUUGCGUUGACGCGUUCGUACAACGUGGCCAAUUUUCUGGAGGAUCUAAAGCUGCUCUACCGCACCUGCGGUGUUCAGGGCAAGGGCACAACCUUUCUCUUCACCGACAUGGAUAUCAAGGAGGAAGGUUUCCUCGAGUAUCUCAAUAAUAUACUCUCGAGCGGCGUUAUAUCAAAUUUAUUCUCGCGCGAUGAGCAGGCCGAAAUCGUGCAGGAGCUGACGCCGGUCAUGAAACGCGAGAAUCAACGCAAAACAGCGACCCCGGAAAGUGUGAUGGACUUCUUUUUGGCGCGCACCUGCACCAAUCUUCACGUGGCCUUCUGCUUCUCGCCGGUGGGCGAGACGUUCCGGUCACGUGUGCAGCGAUUCCCCGCCUUGGUCUCCGGCUGCACCAUUGACUGGCUGCAUCCGUGGCCCAAGGACGCAUUGGUAUCGGUUGCCCGACACUUUCUGAGCCACUUCGAAAUCGAGUGUACGCCGGCCGUUAAGGAGGAGCUGGUCAAUGCCCUCGGCUCCAUUCAGGACAUUGUCGCGGAAACGUCGCAGGAAUACUUCCAGCGUUUCCGCCGCGCAACGCACGUGACACCCAAAUCUUAUCUGAACUUCAUUGCCGGCUACAAAAACAUCUAUCAAAUGAAGCAGCAAGAGCUGCGCGACGGUGUGGAGAAGAUGGAUACGGGCUUGGAGAAACUGAAAGAGGCCUCCGCCUCGGUUGAGAUCCUCAAGAAGGAUCUAGUGGUCAUGGAGGAGGAGCUGGUCGAAGCCUCCAAGAAUGCGGAAUCAGUGCUAGUGGAGGUGACGGAGCGCGCGAUGCAAGCGGAGAUCGUCAAGAACCAGGUGCUUAUCGUGAAGGACAAGGCCGAGGCCCUGGUGGCCUGCAUCGCCCACGAGAAGGCGCUGGCCGAGGAGAAGCUGGAGGCGGCCAAGCCGGCCCUGGAGGAGGCCGAGAACGCCCUCAACACGAUCAAGCCGGCCCAUAUAGCCACUGUGCGCAAGUUGGGCCGUCCGCCACAUCUCAUCAUGCGGAUCAUGGACUGUGUGCUGAUCCUGUUCAAGCGCAAGCUGCAUCCUUGCAUUCCCGACGCGGGCACACCCUGCCCGAAGCCCUCCUGGCAGGAAUCCUUGAAGAUGAUGGCCAGUGCCACCUUCCUGCUCCAGCUGCAAAACUAUCCCAAGGAUACCAUCAACGACGAGAUGAUCGAUCUGCUGCAGCCGUACUUUCGCAUGGAGGACUACAACAUGGACAUGGCACGUCGUGUGUGCGGAGACGUCGCCGGUCUUCUGUCCUGGACCAAGGCCAUGUCCUUCUUCCACAGCGUCAACAAGGAAGUGUUGCCACUGAAGGCAAAUCUCACAAUGCAGGAAGCCCGCCUUAAGCUUGCCAUGGACGACUUGGCAGGUGCGGAGGAACAGCUGCGGGAGCGCGAGGAAGCUCUCCAGGCUGUGAAGGAUCAGUACGACAAGGCGGUGGGCGAGAAGCAGAGAUUAACGGAUGCGGCCAAUGUUUGCCUUAGGAAAAUGACGGCAGCAACUGCUUUGAUCAACGGAUUGUCGGAUGAGAAGCACCGGUGGACCAACCAGAGCAAGGAGUUCAAGAUUCAGCUGGGCAAACUGGUGGGCGACGUCCUCUUGGCCACCGGAUUUCUCUCCUACUGCGGCCCCUACAACCAGGAAUUCCGAGCCAAUCUCAUCAAGACCUGGAUGGGCAUACUUAAACAGAAGAAUAUACCUUUUACCACUGGACUUAAUAUAAUCAACAUGCUGGUGGACUCAUCGACGGUGUCGGAGUGGACCUUGCAGGGAUUACCGAACGAUGAAUUGUCGGUGCAGAAUGCCCUGAUAGCCACCAAGUCCAGCAGCUAUCCCUUGCUGGUGGACCCGCAGACGCAGGGCAAGAUCUGGAUCAAGUGCAAAGAGGAUCGCAACGAGCUGCAAAUCACCUCCCUGAACCACAAGUACUUCCGUACUCAUCUGGAGGACUCCUUGUCUUUGGGAAGACCCCUCCUGAUCGAGGAUGUGGGCAUCGAUCUGGAUCCUGUAAUCGACAAUGUGCUGGAGAAGAACUUCAUCAAGUCGGGCAGCAUAGAGAAGGUACUGGUGGGCGACAAGGAAUGCGAUGUGAUGCCGGGCUUCAUGCUCUAUAUCACCACCAAGCUUCCCAAUCCGGCCUUUAGUCCGGAGGUCAGUGCCAAGACCUCGAUCAUUGACUUUACAGUGACCAUGCGGGGGCUGGAGGACCAGCUGCUGGGACGCGUCAUCCUCAUGGAGAAAUCCGAUCUGGAGGCGGAGAGGGUGGCGCUCUUCGAGACCGUGAUGCAGAAUCAGCGGAAUAUGAAGGAACUGGAGGCGAAUCUCCUGCUCCGUCUAAGCUCAUCCCAAGGAUCCCUGGUGGACGAUGAAGCCCUGAUUGAAGUGCUGCGGGUCACCAAAACCACGGCGGAAGAGGUCAAUCAGAAACUGAAGAUCUCCGAAGUCACGGAGCGUAAGAUUAUGAAGGCCCGCGAGGAAUUCCGAGCCGUGGCCAAGCGAGGAUCGAUUCUCUAUUUCCUAAUUGUGGAAAUGAGCAAUGUGAAUGCCAUGUACCAGAACUCGCUUAAACAAUUCCUGGUCAUCUUCAACCACUCCAUCACCAAGUCUACCAAGUCCAGUGUCACCGAGGAGCGAAUAAACAUUAUUUUGCGAUAUUUGACCUACGAGGUGUAUAAGUUCACCAAUCGCAGUCUCUACGAGAGGCACAAGCAAUUAUUCACCUUGAUGCUGGCUAUCAAGAUUGAUUACCACAAUGGAAACAUCAGCCACGAGGAGUUCCUGACCUUCAUCAAGGGUGGCGCCUCGUUGGAUCUGAAUGCCGUGACCCCGAAACCUUUCCGCUGGAUCCUAGACAUCACUUGGCUGAAUCUAGUGGAGAUCAGCAAGCUGGAGACCUUCUCCACUGUCCUUCAGGUCAUCGAGCUGAACGAGCGGGACUGGCGCUGCUGGUACGAGUGCGAGAAGCCGGAGAACGAAGAGAUCCCCUGCGGAUACAAUGCCAUCUUGGAUGGCUUCCGGAAACUGCUGCUCAUCCGGUCAUGGUGUCCCGAUCGCACCAUUUCACAGGCCAAGAAAUACAUAGAAGAAUCUUUGGGACCCGAAUACAGCGAAAUGCAAAUCCUUGAUCUGGAGGAGAUGUGGCUUGAGUCGGAGCCUCGCACGCCCUUCGUGUGCCUUCUGUCCAUAGGAUCGGAUCCGACCACCCAGAUCGGAGCUCUGGCCAAGCAAAAGAGCAUAGUACUCAAAUCCGUAUCCAUGGGCCAGGGGCAGGAGUACCAUGCGCGCAAGAUGGUAAUCGAAUCGAUGGCCAUCGGUGGCUGGGUGCUGCUCCAGAACGUGCACCUCUCGCUGCCCUUCUGCUCCGAGAUAAUCGACAUGCUGGUGGAGAGCGAGCACAUAGACGACUCCUUCCGCAUGUGGGUAACGACGGAGCCGCACAACGAGUUCCCCAUCGGGCUGCUGCAGAUGGCUCUCAAAUUCACUAAUGAACCACCACAGGGGAUACGUGCCAGUCUAAAGCGCAGCUACCAGUCGUUCACCCAGGACUUCCUCGACUACACAUCCGCCUCUCAGUGGCCCCCGCUGCUCUACACGGUGGCCUUUCUGCACACCAUCGUCCAGGAGCGGCGCAAGUUCGGCCCACUGGGCUGGAACAUACCCUACGAGUUCAACCAGGCCGACUUCGCCGCCAGCGUGCAGUUCAUCCAGAACCACCUCGACGAGAUGGACCCCAAGAAGGGGGUCUCCUGGCAGACCCUGGUCUACAUGAUUGGCGAAGUUCAGUACGGCGGCAGGGUAACCGACGACUUUGACAAACGACUCCUGACCACCUUCACCUCGGUGUGGUUCUGCGAGCCCCUGCUCUCGAACUCCUUCGAGUUCUACAAGGGCUACAAGGUGCCGGGUACAAAGAGUCUUCAAGGCUUCAUCGAUUAUAUCAACAGUUUGCCGGCCUACGACACCCCCGAGGUGUUUGGCCUGCAUUCCAACGCCGACAUCACGUACCAAAUAAACUCGGCCAAAGGCAUCCUCGACACCAUCCUGAGUGUGCAGCCCAAGGAGGGGGGCGGCGGAGGCGGGGAGACCCGGGAGAGCAUCGUCUACCAACUGGCGGAUGACAUGCUCCGCAAACUGCCCGCCCAGUACAACGCCUACGAGGUGCGUGAGAACCUGACGCGGAUGGGCAUCCUCCUGCCCAUGAACAUUUUCCUUAGGCAAGAAAUCGAUCGCAUGCAAAGGGUCAUUAAACGCGUCCACACAUGCCUCUGCGACCUCAAGCUGGCGAUUGAUGGCACCAUUGUAAUGAGUCCCGCUCUCAAAGAGUCCCUCGAUGCCAUGUACGAUGCCAGGAUUCCGGAGACCUGGAUGAAGAUAUCCUGGGAGUCAACUACUCUGGGCUUUUGGUACACUGAGCUGCUCGAGCGCAAUGGGCAGUUCCGAACUUGGAUAUCAACAGAUCGACCCAAGGUCUUCUGGAUGACCGGCUUCUUCAAUCCCCAAGGCUUCCUCACAGCCAUGCGGCAGGAGGUGACGCGGGCCCACAAAGGCUGGGCCCUGGACUCGGUGGUGCUGCAGAAUCAAAUAACGCGCUACAACAGGGAGGACAUCACCGAGUACCCCACGGAGGGGGUCUACGUCCACGGAUUGUUCCUGGAGGGCGCCUCCCUGGAUCGCCGCAGCGGCAAGCUGAUUGAGUCCAAGAUGAAGGUGCUCUACGAGCAGAUGCCCGUCAUCUAUAUAUACGCGAUAAACACGACGGCCGGCAAGGAUCCCAAGCUGUACGAGUGCCCCAUCUACCGAAAGCCCCAGCGCACCGACUUGAAGUACGUGGGUUCGAUUGAUUUCGAGACCGAAUUCAAUCCCAAGCACUGGACACUGCGCGGCGUGGCCCUGCUCUGUGACAUCAAGUGAACCCGAACCCCUGAUCCCGAGGCCCCAUCCUCGUCCCCAUCCCGAUGGCCAUGCCAUUGUUUGCCAUCAUGUCAACGGCUGUACGUGAGUGGGGCUCCUAAUGGCCCUGUGAUAAUUAUCUUUUUUCGUUGGGUGGACGUUAAAGUUUCGUGUAAUCCGGCGCAAAUACAACGUUAUUAAUUAAGCCCUCGGGUGAGGCCAGGGCAAACUGUUUGCACUCGGGAGCAACCAGCACAAUUAUUAGCUCUUAUCCAUUUCGGUCAAUCCGGCUAGGCGGUGCCCCCAAAAAAGCGCACCAAAUCCGUAGAGAGUUAAGCAUGUGAGUAGCGAAAUCGCAGUGCUUAUUAAAGGCAAACCUUUGUAGGAAAAGCUCCUUGUUUUGGCAUUUAAUAUUACGAAGGUGUGGCGAAUUGGCAGACCAACCAAAUACAUCAUCUGCUACCCUGUAGGGGAAAAGGAAACGCGUCACUCUGCCUGUUGCAGACUUCUUUGGGCGAGGAACAACAAGCCGUGCAAACAAAAUUGCCCUUAUUAAAAAUACCUUGCAAGGUGGUCAGUGCGGCGCGUUUAUUACGAGAUACAAACUCACCUGGCGGGAGUUCUCCUUCAUUUGCCGC